AUGGAUCACUGGUAUACGCAAUCUGUUGGCUCUGGUCACAACAGAGAGCCAACACACCAGUCUCGUGUUCUCACAAGCAUAUCAGGUAACGCUCAGAGCUUUCCGGUUGAAGCAAAGAGUCACUUUGACUUUAACUUCAACAGGUCCGUCUGUGCUACUGCUCGUGCCGUCAGUGAACCACAGUAUGUGGCGCCACCCCCUGUGUACGAGUUCGGCCACGCCAACGAGAUCGAGGAACGACUUGCUGCCCGCAAAAUCCGUCGAGGCUCUCAUCCACCAUCAUCGAGACAACGACUUAUUCGAGAGAAGGCCUGGCUAAAACAUCCGAUAUACAGAAAAUACCUUAAUCGAAAGCGACAGGACAACGGGAGGGAUGGCAAACCUGUCUGGCCUGAUUACAUUGAGGAGUCAUUCCAGAAUGCACUGAUACAUAUUCCACCCAUGGGCAAGAAGAAAAAAACUCAGUAUGGACGGCAUUUUGGUCGAAAUGAGCUCAUCAAAGAAUGGAUCUACCAGGAAACUGGAGAGAAUCGUGACCGGAAGCAGGUCUCGAGUCACAUACAGGUGCUUAGCAAUUUACUGAAGGAUAUCCCAGAAUGGAAAGAAUUGACAGCAGGCAAUGAUGAUGAACGAGGCGACAUCACCACGAAGGCUGAAACAGGUCCUGAUUUCUACUUUGAGUCAAUCGCGGAUCAAGUGCGGCUACAGCGACAACUAGCUAUGGAGGCUGCAAUGCAGCACGACGGCGGAGCCGAGUGGUCUAGUGCUGCCCGUCGCCAGCGUUUCCAACUGGCAAGGAUUACUUUCGACAUGUAUGUGUUGAUGCCUGACAGCAAGACUGAAGCUCUACAUAAUUACACCCGAAUAACGAACAAGGAAUCGACACCAGAAAUCUUACCGCUAGAGAACUACAAGAAUUGGCGCGAGCAGUUUCCUGAUCUAGAGAAGGUCAUGAAUGCAUCUCCGAGUGAGGAUUUUGAGCUCAUCUUUCUCAAAUCGAAGUUCUCUUUGAUGACAGAUUUUCCACCACUAACCUCGAAGCUCGGACUUACACUCGACUUGGAGUACCCCUCGAACUUAAGUUAUUUUACUUCUGUCAAUCACAUGUAUCUCAAUGGCAAAUGCUUUCGUAAGACAGAGCACAAGAUCUCUCGGGCUGCAAAGCCUGGUAUGGCUAACCUGUUCUUCGAUGCUGAAUGGUGGGCGACACAAUUUACGGACCUAAUUGGCAAGAGGAAGGCAGCUGAGGACUCAGGACGAGAGAACGCACUCGCCGCGGCUGAAGAUUUUUCACGCACCCUUUUCCGUGAGCUAAGCAUUAUGCAGGAGGUCUUUGCUUAUCCUUCACCAGACGCGGAUCCCAUGCAACAGAGGCGAAUAGGUAUCUUGCUAUGGAUUUUUGCUCAAACCAAUACAAAGGGUGCAAACAUCACAACCUGGCACAAGGUUGUGCCACCACCCAGUCGCUACACCACCAAUAGUCCUGCCGUUAAGCUGGAGUCGUCCUUGCCACCACUAGUCAUGGACACUAUGCUCGAUAGUUCUUUCAACGCCGACGUCCUCGACGGCUUCUCCCAGCACGAAGAAUAUUCUCAGACACAGUUACCACUGACAGUGUAUGAGCCUAGCUCGUACCACACUGGAUUGACGCCCUUGCAGACUUCGUACAACUACUCCAUGGGUAGCGGGUUUACUCCAAGAUCACUCUCAUACAUCGGUAUGAAACAGGAACCAUUCAACUUCGCAUUGCCGACGAGUGUAGCUCCAUAUCACGUAGCACCACCUGUCUUACCCAGUCAGAACCACAUACCAACCAUAUUUGAUGGUCCACACCAAGAGGCAUACCAGGAUCAGGCGAUCUCACUUCCGGAAGCAUAUCAAGCAUCGAACGUUGGCGCUUCAUGCUCCAUGGAGCAGCCAACGCGGUGUGAAUCGCUUGCAAAUUUUGACAUGUCAACACACAAUAUGCUGCAGGCACAAUUGGCCGAUUUCGAAGACACAAAUGAUAUCCAAGAGUCAGUACAUCAAGUGGACGCGGAUUCCCAGCAUUCAGUAAGUGGCCAUAUGAAUGAUCUCGACAUUGAUGAAGAACAACUCGGUCAGGUCAUGAAUGCUACCGCCACGGAAACCAUGACCUUUGACGAAGUACAGAUAGCAGAGUCGGUCGAAAAGGCGAUUUUGAACCAUCCGUCGAUCUUCGAUUCACCCAGGAUUGUACGGCCGCCCCUUAUGGCACAUAACAGUUUUGCUGGUACUAUGCCAACGAGUCACGACACUGAAAUGAAACACGAUCAACUUAUCUUCGACACACCUACACGGCAUGAGUUCGCUCGUCUCAUGGACAAACACAUUCACCCGAACCAGGACGAUGACUUGUUUGGCGAUGGUCAAGCUGUGCUGGACCAGCUUCAUUUUCCACCUUCUGACUUUACACGACCUCGAAGCCAGCCGGUUCUGCCAUCUAACGAUAGUAGUAUGCAUCUCGAUACUCCAAAACGACUAGAUAGCGCUUUGCCAUGA